AUGGGCGCAUGUAUUGCCCCUGGAAGAAUCCACGCAGUGUGGGGCGCGAAGCAGAGGAAGUCAAAAUUGAUGGAGAGGCAUUACGAAUUGCAGAAUGGCGGCGAUAAUGGUAGUGCAACUGGGCUGUUGCCUACAUUGCUGACAGAAAAAUUGGGGCUUGUGAGCUCUCAAUCACAAACAUUUCUGGAGGAUUUUAUGGAGGAGCUUUGUCAGGGUCCAUAUGCGUCACUUUUUUUGGCUCAUCCGGACUUGUUAUUUUCUAAUCGAGCAGCUGUCAUGUGCACAGGAGAAUUUGCUCCGGGGGAGGUUGUGGGAAAAUACUCUGUCCUGAGUUCCUUGCCAACAGGAACGGUGGGUCGAAGUUUUCUUGUCAAAGCACCACCGGAGGAAAGAGGAAGGGGACGAGGCGGAACGAUGGGAAAAACAGGGAAAAAUGUGGGGUCCGAAAACACUGUGAGCUAUCAACUUAACAGCAGUCUCACCUCACAGUCUCCAGAAAACGUUUUUAAGGUGGUCACGUUUGUCACCCGCAUGAAGUUGGCCGAGCGUGUCUUGGAUGACCAUAAAGUGCUGACGAACUUGAUUCACGAUAACGUCCUACGCUGCGUGGAUGUACUGGAUGAUGGACAGCAUGAGAACUUUGUUUUUGUCUCUCCGUAUAUUGAAAACGGCAGUUGUGAGGCUCUCUUAGGCAAACUGGAGACGAAGGAACGAUUACUCUCCCUGCUGCAUGAUGUUGCCGUCGGCCUUCGUGUCCUGCACUCUCAUCGAAUCUACCACCACAAUCUCAAACUGGACAACAUUCUCAUCAAAAACAGUGGCACGGCUUGUAUUGCGGACGCUGGAUUUGGACAUAUUUUUGCCUCACAAAGUUCUGAAGGCCUUGUUUUCAAUGGUGAGUUGGCUUGUAUGCCGCCCGAGGUUUUUCAAACCGAAGAUGUUUCUGCAAUAAAUCAUUUUAAGGCGGAUGUAUGGGGCUUUGGACUUUUAAUGUAUCGCCUCGCCUACGGCCGAAAACCGUUGGAUGUUGAAGGCAAACCUUUUGGAACGAUACGGGAUUCUGUGUUGCAUGGGAAAAUAGAGUUUCCGGAAGCGGAUUGGGUUUCGGAUGCUAGUUUCCAAGAUGUUGUACUGUGGUGUCUAGAUCGCGACCCCAAUAAUCGGCCUUCCAUCAUCGAAGUGCUGCGUCACCCUCUUUUCGGGGAGAAUGUAAGACACAGCAUUAGUGGGAGCACAAUUUCUCCCCCCGCUGCCGCAAAUUCUCAUUAUGGCGGAAAAGUUGGCUCCAUUGCUAGUCUCAGUACCAUCGGGGCGCGAUUUUCGCGGUCUCAGAAGCGAGGUGGCUUGCCAAUAAGUGACGUUUUUGUCAGGGGGCGAAACUGUGAGACGUUUCUUGUAAACUCGGCUCGUAACAUGACAAAGAUUGUUUUGAAGGUCAUGAGGCGAUCGGUAAUGAAGAAGUUGGAGAAUUUGUCCUAUGCAGGCAACAUUCUUCAUGACUUGGCCUUCUGCCGUGUGGCCCGUCACCCCAAUAUAUUGCAUCUUAUGGAGAUUGUGGAGAACAAAGAUGGCUGUUUUGCGACGCAACCCUAUGCGGAAGGGGAAUUUCUUAGCAUGAACUUCCCUCCGCUUACAAAUAGUGAGGAUCCUUGUUUCACUUUAAAGGGGAUGCUUGUGGAUGUUCUCAAAGGGUUACAUUUUCUUCACACAAACGGUGUCUCACACUUAUGUCUAACGCCGUCUAAUAUAUUCUAUCAAAGAGGCGUUGGUUUUGUGUUGGCAGACUUUGGCCCCCUGUUUUUAACCAGGGACGAGGCAUUAACAAAUGAUGAUACGGGGAAUUUUUGGUACUCAUUUCCUCCAUGGGUUAUUGAAGAUCUUAAGAAACCUUUACAUAAGACAAAACAUGCCGUGGACACUUUUUGUGUCGGAUUACUUGCGGCCUCAGUGAUACCAGUGGUGUAUAAACAAGUCUGGCAAUCCUUUUAUAGUGGAAAUGAGGGCGGUACUAUUGCGCAAAAUGUCAUUAAGAAGGUUAAAGAAUUUUUAGAUCUUCUUACUCAACCAGUUUUUGGUUUUAUUUCUCAGGCGAUCACGACCAAGAUGUCUGCAAAGGAGCUGUUGUCUCACCCGUAUUUGGCGGAUGCGUUUGAUGAUUCCCAACUUCUUGGUGUCAAACCUUUGCAGCUGUCAUCUGCUUCUAUAAAAGGUGCGGUAUCUCUGGAUUUUAGUUUUCGUGAGGAGCGCCGACUUAUGGACGUGGUGGGUCAAGAUCCCAUAAUUGAUACCGAAUUUCUUGGUAAUUCGAACUUUGUGGAUUCCAUUGUCCAUGAGGAAAGUCGAGCCAGUGUGGUUGACCUCAAAGAUUUGGAUUCUUCUGUGCUAUUGCAUUUUAAAGAUAAAAUUGUCUGUGGACUCUGUCAUGUGGAUUUGUCAAUUGUGGUAUUUCGAUGUUCCGUAUGUCCUUCGUACAUUCGAUGUGGUAAAUGCGCCCUGAAUGACGACCAUGAAAAAGGUCAUGAGAUGAAGCCGUAUCUUAUUCACACCAUUGAACAUAAAGGGGAUGGAAACCAGGAGGCCAUGCUUCUUCCACCAAGCAGUAUUCACAAUGCACAUGUCUUGGAAGAGGUAGAGAUGCAGGCCAACUUGCCGGCUGGAUCUAUUGUGGAUAUCACAAAUAGCCUUUCGUCACCUAAAGGAAUGUCAUUGAGUCAUUUUAAAGUGCAGUGUAGAAAAAAUAAAAGUAAAAAGAAGCUUCCCAAAGCCUGUGAGAUCGAUGAUUUGUCGUGGGAGGAGGAGAUAAACAAAUGCCGUGAAAAUGGUAGCCCAGAACUGUUGUUGUAUCGUUUUGAUCUGACCUCUGUACCGAGGGAAGUGUUUGACCCGCCGCUACUUCACGUGGUAAGUUUGGAUCUUAGCUACAAUAAAUUAAAGAGCAUACCGCAUGAGUUAUCGUUUUUGCACAAACUUCGUAGUUUGGUGAUUGCAAGCAACGAGCUAUCGGAACUCCCAGAUAGUUUGGGUAACUUGAGCCAACUGGAGCGACUGGAUGUAAGUCAUAAUCAGCUUCAACAGCUCCCGCAGUCUUUUAUGUAUCUGUACAACCUGGCUACUCUUUCCAUGGACUACAAUAACUUUGCCGGUAUUCCGGAGAGCGUUUUGGAAAUUGUGACUACCGCCCCGUCGAUGGCAAUGUUAUCUGUCAUUUACUUGGCGGAGAAUCCACGCAUUACCGAAUUUCCAGAGCAAGAAGUCCUUGAGAAGUUUCCCAAACUAAAGCUAGCACUUGAUAAUGAGCCGAAUGUAUACCGAACGUAUAUUUCAGAGAAAUUGGAAGAAAAAUUGCCCAAUGUUAGCAUCAUGUGGAACAAAAUUUACCCUGAUCGCAUUGUUGAGCAUGUGUACUGCGGUAGCCUGCGGAGUGCACAGUCUCAGCUGGUGUACGAUAAACUUUCCAUUAAAAGUCUUUUAACCGUGGGCCGGGAACUUGUCCCAACACCGCCAAUUGGCGGUGAGCAUUUGACGCUCAGUAUUGAUGACAUUGAGGGCGCAGAUAUCAGACUUACCUUUCAGGAAUCGGUUGACUUUAUUGAAAAAAGCGUAAAAAAAGGAAGGGGAUGUCUUGUACAUUGCUUCGCUGGUAUGUCGCGCUCGGCGACAACCGUCAUUGCCUAUCUUAUGAUGAAAAGAGGUAUGCGUCUUGAUGAGGCGUAUUUUAAGACCAAAGAGGGGCGUCCUGCCAUUUACCCAAAUCAGGGCUUUUUUAAUCAGCUUUUACAGCUAGACGCCGAGUUAUUCCCACAACAACGCCCACUGAAUAUGGCGGCGAUGGAGAGAGAUGAUGUUUUUAAGCCAUGA